AUGUUUACCAAGACCAUUCUCGUCGCUACAGCGCUCCUAUUGUCGGCCACCCUUGCACUCGCUCAAGUGAUGGCACCAGACUUUACGCCUGGCCGCUGUUCUUUUGACGCUGUCGUCUCUCGAGACUGCGACAACAAUCAGAUCACCACGUUCCUCGAUGUAUCGCCUUUCUAUGACGGCGCUGGUAACCAGUUCAUGGAGCAAACCGACUUCAUUGAUUUGACUGAUGGACAGACGCUGACCAGCGUGGUUGUUGGAAAAGAGCUGAAGAUUGGAUUUGAGAGGGAGAGUAUGUGCUUCCUUUAUGGCGACGCUCAAUGGCCCAACUGGCAUCACAAGGACGGUGAGUUCAGCUGCACUACCAAGCCAUGGGAGGGCUCACCGCUGGACUGUAACAAUAAGGAUCGUGUCCAUCGUUCCCAAGCUUUAAGCUGCAAUUUCGAUUGCGCGAUGCCCGGCCCAAAGUUCACCAUGAAGCGCGCACACUCCGGGCCGCCCCCGGAUAUCCUUGCUUCCCCAUCGGAGGCUGUCGCCAGUGGCUUCACUUCUACCAAUUACGCACCUGGCUUCUGCUCUUUCACACUCCAACUCUUCCAGCAGUGUCUCCAUACGCCUUCUGAAGGCUGGCACAACCAGAUGCUCGGCAUGCUCUACAGCGUUGAAGACCAGAACCGCGCCACUGCCGUUAGGUAUCCCGAGGGUACCGGCCGUAUCGACAAUCGCGCUGUCAGGCUCAAGGGCAUGGGCGACUUGACAGUGGCGUACAGCUCGGAGGACAGGCAGACGUACUUUUCAUUUGCUCCUAAGGGUGGCUACUGGAGCACAUUGACUACGAGCACCCCGGACGCGAAGGGCAUGUGCGAUUGGAAGCCCUGGACGCGCGAAGAGACUGGUUGUAAUGAGAGUCACCAGAAUGAUCACCCGAGGCUUUCGGAGAUGACAUGCGGUUUCUUGUGUUAG